CGGUCUCCCUGCCCGUCAGCGCCACCCCCCUCCCCGGGUCUGCAGCAGCUCCAGCCGCCUCGUCGCGCCCCCCCAGCCCCCUCCCCCCGCCCCCGCCGCCCCCCGGGCCGGUGCAGCCGCAGGCGGGGUCCCCCUUCCCCUCCCCCUCUCCCCCAGGCUCGCGCGCCCCGACCGCCCCCUCCCCUCCCCCUCCGCGCCGCCGCGAUGCCCCCCCCUGCGCCCGGGGCCCGGCUCCGGCUCCUCGCUGCCGCCGCCCUGGCCGGCCUGGCCGUCAUCAGCCGAGGACUGCUUUCCCAGAGCCUGGAGUUCAGCUCACCUGCGGACAACUAUACAGUGUGUGAAGGUGACAACGCCACCCUCAGCUGCUUCAUUGAUGAGCAUGUGACUCGAGUGGCCUGGUUGAACCGCUCCAACAUCCUGUAUGCAGGAAACGACCGCUGGACCAGUGACCCCCGGGUGCGGCUGCUCAUCAACACACCUGAGGAGUUCUCGAUCCUCAUCACCCAGGUGGGGCUCGGUGAUGAGGGCCUCUACACCUGCUCCUUCCAGACACGCCACCAGCCCUAUACCACUCAGGUCUACCUCAUCGUCCAUGUUCCUGCCCGCAUCGUGAACAUCUCCUCCCCUGUGGCAGUGAAUGAAGGGGGCAAUGUGAACCUUCUCUGCCUGGCUGUGGGAAGGCCAGAGCCCACUGUCACCUGGAGACAGCUCCGAGACGGCUUCACCUCAGAGGGCGAGAUUCUGGAAAUCUCCGACAUCCAGCGGGGCCAGGCCGGGGAAUACGAAUGCAUUACCCACAACGGGGUGAACUCGGCUCCCGACAGCCGCCGCGUGCUAGUCACAGUGAAUUAUCCCCCGACCAUCACCGAUGUGACCAGCGCACGCACCGCCCUGGGCCGGGCCGCCCUCCUGCGCUGCGAAGCCAUGGCGGUGCCACCUGCAGAUUUCCAGUGGUACAAGGAUGACAGGCUGCUAAGCAGCGGCUCGGCGGAGGGUCUCAAAGUGCAGACGGAGCGCACCCGCUCGAUGCUUCUCUUUGCCAACGUGAGCGCUAGGCACUACGGCAACUACACCUGUCGAGCAGCCAACAGACUUGGAGCGUCCAGCGCCUCCAUGCGGCUCCUGCGCCCAGGAUCCCUGGAGAACUCGGCUCCAAGGCCCCCAGGACCCCUGACCCUCCUCUCUGCCCUGGGCUGGCUGUGGUGGAGAAUGUAGAUGUCACCCAGUACAGCGCACCUCCCCCUGAAGGGGGCCUCAGGCCAGGAGCAAGAGAAAGGGGGUGAGCAGGCGCCUUGGGUCUCAAGGGGGGACAGAAGAGCUCUCUGCCACAGAGGAAGAAAGAAGAGAAGGAGGAAGGUCUUCUAGAGAACCCAUCACUGUGAGGGAUAACGCAAAAUUAUGCAUCUUUCUACAGCCAUUCUCGCCACCCGUUCACGUUUCCAAUUGUGACCCACCACCCCCAGCCACUCCACACCCCUCUCUUAGCUCAGGCUGUCAACUGGCUCGUGUGUGUGUGUGUGUGUGUGUGUGUGUGUGUGUGUGUGUGCGCGCGCAUGUUGUGUAUGUGUGUGAAGGUGUGCUGGGGAGGGAACCAGGAAGCCUCCCUCUCUGGAACUGACUCUCCCAUGGCCCCUGCCCAUUCCUGCUGCCUCUCUUCCUCUGGCUGGAGGUAGGUAUGGGGGCUUCAUGGUGGAAGCUUGACAAGAAGAUUGCCAGCUUUCCACCUUCCCAUAUAUGCACGAACACCUACCCCUCUCCUCCCUAUUGAAGGGGCAGGCAGGGUGGGUGUCAGGUGUCACUCAGCCUUUGUGAAUAGGUGGGGAUCUUCACUAUGGCUUGUUUCUCCCUGCUCUAUCACCAGUUGCCUGCAGCCAGAGGCCCUAUCACUGGCUCAGUGGCUUGAAACCUCCCUUGUCCCCUCCGCCUCCCCGACCCUGAACUUUCUGGCUCCCUUCCUGGGCCAAUCGGUGCUUCCACUCAACUGAUGGGCUGGUGGCACUUGUCACCAGUCUAUCUCAGUGCUUUGCCCCACCCAGACCCCCUAGACUCCCCUUGGCCACAGUGGCACCCUCCAGCUGCCCUGCAGCUGACCCACAAGCAUGGGCUCCCUGGCCACCUGCUCCUUCUCCUCUCAACCCAUAGUACCUCCAAAGGCUGCUGUGACCACACACACACACACACACACACACACACACACACACACACAUGCAUACACACACACACACACACACACACACACACACCAGCAACUGACCAGCAAUAGCUCUUGGCUUCAGCUGCCCCAGAGUCUGUGACUAGCAGUAAUUCCCUCAGAGUAGGCCACUAUUAUCCACAGAGGAAGCUGACAGGCUCUGUGCAUGGGAACACCCCACCCUGAUACACCAGGCCUCACACGAGUUGGAGAGAGAGGAGACACACAGACAUCUUGAACCCAGGCAGAGGCACCAUGCCACCAGCCCUAACUUCAGUAACCACACACCCAAAGUCAUACCACUCAGAGCCUGGUGAAGACGAGGGCAGAGAGGGGCAGGGAGGCAAGGGGCAGUGACUGUACCUCAGACGGGGGCGUGGGCCCCAUCCCACAUUGUCUUCCAUUCCCAGGGUCCAUGAUGGGGUGGGGAGGGGGAGGGAUAUCAGGGGAGGUGGGAGGGGGGCCCUGGGGGCCGUGUGUUCCAAUUCAUGGGGAGUGUUGAGACCACCAUACCAAUAAACGCCUUUUUCCAAA